AACGUUUGUUGACAACGGACCUCACCGCUGAAUUCUACUUCCGGUCAUAGAGUGCGCGGGUGUUAUGGCCUCGCUUGUUGAGCCGGUUCCGCUACUCGGUCUGUGUGACGGAGAACUUGACCCGAAACGGUACCGCUCCUCAUUCCGGACCAACAAGGUCGGAGGUCUGCCGGACUGGCUGCCGCUUAUCGCGAGGCCGCGGCCGCGCUGCGGACUCUGCGGCACGCCGUCCGCGCUCGUCGCGCAGGUCUACUGCCCCCUGCAGGCGGCUACGUACCACCGGAACCUCCACCUGUUCGCGUGCAGCCGCGGAACGUGCAGCGGUCGCCCGGAGAGCUGGACGGCGCUCCGCUCUCAAAGCCUGGAGGCGGAGAUGGCCGCAGCUCGUGGCCCGCGCCCGGUGCGGGGAGCUCCUCCUGCGGCCACGGACUGGUGCGAGCAGGCGGACGACUGGGGGGUGGAGGAGGCUCAGGAGGAGACAGAGUCCCGUCAGACUCAGAGCGAAGAUGGCGAGAUGCUCUUCAGCAGCCACAUGCAGACCCUCAGUCUGGAGGAAGAGACCGACGCCCACGUCUUCCGGCCUAUGUUCAUCAGCGUGGUGGAGGAGUCUGAACUUUAUGAGGAUGAGGAGGACCUGGAGCACGCCAAGGAGCUGCUGAGAGAGUACGAGAGGAAGCAGGGGGCGGUGACGGAGGAGGGGAGCGACGGCGGCGGGGCAGAGAAUUACGAAAAGACCAGAGCCAAGCAUGGGGACGCCGUCUUCUCCAGAUUCAUGAAAAGCAUCUCCUGGUGCCCACAGCAGGUCCUGCGCUACUGCCGCGGGGGGAGGCCUCUGUUCAUCUCCUCCGCCCCCUCCAGCAUGGCUCAGGCGCUCCCCCGCUGCGGCUCCUGUGGGGGGAGCAGGACGUUCGAGCUGCAGCUGAUGCCCGCUCUGGUCAGCCUCCUGCAGAGGACAGAGCGCGCCGCGGGGGCGGAGCUGGAGUUCGGGACGGUGCUGGUUUACACGUGCACUAGCAGCUGCUGGACGCCCGGAUCGGAGCUGGCUGUGGAGGAGUUCUGCUUCGUCCAAGCGGACCCAGACCAGCAGCUCUUCCAGUGAUUCCUGGGUCAAAAAUAAAAGUCCUGUGGUUAAAGCUGCUGGUCAGGAGUCGCCGUCUCUUCUGGGAUCCUCUGUUUUUCUGUAGAUUGAGCUUUGAGAGAUUCCAGACCCUACAGAUGUAGCCCUGAUGGAGCAGGUCAGCGCCACAGGAGUGGGGGUUAAAAGAACCGCCAGAAUCAAAGCUUCAAAUGUUUUAUUUGAACUUAGAACUGAAAUCUUUUAGCUUCACGUCACAGCAGAUCUGCCUCAGCAGCAAACAUGAAAAGAUGAGCCUGAACAGCUUUACUUUCACAGGACCAGAACCAGUGUAUCAAAAAUAGUUUUUUAAAAUCACAUGACCAAAAAAUAAAGGUCUUUUCUCAUUUUUA